AAUACAACGUUUGAUAUGUGUGAUUGUGUAUCUCGCAUCAGCUAAAAGCUGAGACAAAACAAUCUCAACUCAAUUAUAUCAACAAUCACAACUAAAAGUUGAGAUAUAACAAUCACUCAAAAUGAGUGAUAGUUUCUAUCACAUCACAGAAACAAUCCAUGUAUUGUUUAUGCUAAAAAAACAAAAAAAAUGAUGCAUUGUAAACAAUACAUGCAUAAUGACAAUCUCAACAAAACAAUCGCAACUUCCAAACGACCCCUUAAAGUUGUAUCAUGAUUCAGGUAUGUUUCAUUAACUUUUACAUUUAUCAGAGUUGUAACAAAUUGGUUCCUUGGUCAGGCAAGCAUAUAGAAGCUCAACAGAGGAAGACAUGGCAACAUUUUGCUUUUGCAACUGUAUAUCGGAUCUAAAGCCAGAGCCAUUUGAGCCACUAGGAGAAGAUACUUACCAGCAGUUCGAGGUCUCUCGUCGUGACAACUGGUGUGGAUCUGUCGACUAUACUGUCAGUUCCGUAGCUCAAGAUGGAUUUCCUCCUCUUUUCUUGAGGAGAAGAGGCUGGAGACUCCACACCUCUACUCCCCGAGAGUUCGAGCUAGGCGAAGCUCCGGGUCUGGAUUCCAACCUUCGAGCUCAGCUUCCAAAUUUUGACUUCUCGUUGUCCGAUGGCAAGUCAUCGAUGCCUAGGGUGGUUGGAAAAUGGUAUUCUCCUUUCUUGUUUGUUAAGGAAUCGGGAAUGAAUGUUCAAGAUCAGGUCAUUCGAUCAAGAUUCUACGAGGUGACCUUAGAGCAGCAGUGGGAGCCAAUUUUCAGGUGCAACAACAUUGAAGAAAACACCAAUUCGUCGGUGGAUGUUGAUGUUUUGGUCGAGGCUGAAGCUGUGAAAGUUGGCGGGAGUGAUGUUGUGGGCCAUUUGAUUGGGGUGAAUGGAGGAGUGGUUUGGUUUAAGAGUGUGGGCAAGAAUGAUCAUGGAAUGGAGGAAGUGGUGAGUGUUGGGUUGAGUAAGGUGAUUUUGGAGAGAAUGAAAUGGGAGGAAGAAAGAGUUGGAUGGAGGAGUGGUGAGGAAGGGAAGAAUAGAGUGAAGAAAAUUGAGGAGUUUGGAGGAAUUGGAAUGAAGAAGUGGAGGAGAUUUGGGUACUUUGUGUUGGCGGAGAGGUUUGUGUUGAGGAGAAUGGAUGGAAGUUUUGUGAUGAGCUAUGAGUUUAAUCAUCUUCAUCAAUUUAGGACCAAAUGGGAAUAGGUCCUUGAAUUUCUAUUAUUUAUAGUGUGGAUUUUAUGUAUGCUUUUUGUACAGUUUAGAUAUGACCCUUAAUGCUGAAAAGGUCAACUCUAGAGGUAAACAUAAAAUGGAUUAUCGGUGUGUAAAAAUAUUGCAUAAUUAUCAUGACUAUUGUGUGAUAAUAUUUCAUAAAUAAAUUGGUUUAUCCAUGUGUGAACGAUAAUCAUAGUAUUUUGAAUGUGCCUUCCCUAUUAGUGAAGGGAGUUUGCAUUUUCAAAACCAAUGAUGGGCUACAUUUCUUGAGUAUGGUAAACAUGAUACUAGAGAGAUAAUCUUCUAUUCGAAAUUACAACAACCGAUUGAGAUAUUGAUGCAUAUCGUUCCAUAGCUUCUAAUAUAUAACAAAGACAAGAUUCAUAUCGUUCCAUAGUUUCUAAUAUAGAACAAAGUCAAGA